AUGAAGAUGAUUCUGGAAGGGAGUGAGACUCCUAUUAUUUGGGAAGUGUUCAGGACAAAGUUUUACACUGAGUACUUCCCUGAUAGUGUAAGGUAUGACAAGGAGAUUGAAUUUCUCCAGCUAGUGCAAGGAAGUAUGCCCGUGACUGAGUAUGCAGACAGAAAGUUUGAGAAUGGCCUAAGAGAAGAUAUCAAGCUAUGGGUGAAAGGGCUGCGUAUCAAGGAGUUCCCUACCUUGGUAGAGAUGGCCCGUGUGAUGGAAAAGACCAAGACGGAAGCUGAAGGGCAACAGAGUCAGCUUGUUAGAAGUGGAGGACCAUCUAGGUCCCGUGGUGGAUUUAGUUCCAGGAGGGCUCCUUACCCUAGACCGUCACCAUCUUCUGGGUCUAAGGUUUCAUCCUCCCAACCCUCGGUGCACUCAGGGCAGUCUAGCCAAACAGGAGGGUUGCGGUGCUACAAAUGUGGAGGGCCACAUCUAUAG